AUGGUCGCUUUCCUCAUCCCCACCGUUGCUGUCGAUACCCGCCCAAUUAACGACGUGACCGUCGGCGGGUCUGUUUCUAUGUCCUCACAAUGGAAAAUGCGCGUGAUUGGCUACACAAUCAGGGCAGACGGCUCCAUCAUCGAAACCAUCAUCUUCUUUCCCGAGGAGCAGUACAAGGACUCAAAACUCUGGCUUAACGAUCCCAAGACGGGGGAAAAGGUGUACGAGUGGAAACCCCCCGUGAAGGCCGAGCCCACUCAGGUUAUCCUCGAGUUUCAGCACUCCAAGGACAACGGGACUACGUGGCUCCCGAACAAUGUGGACGAAAACGAUUUCAAACAGAACACAACCGCCGAUGAUACAAUUGAUACGCUUAUCGUUACUAAACACAGUGAAGGGUCUGAUUAUUCCAACGGCCAAAUCAACGUUGGUCAGAAGCAGAUUUACGUUUAGGUUGACAUCGUAGACUAUGAUGAUGAUAGUUGUAUGAAUACCUGUUCAGAAUGUAAGAAUACAUGAUUGUGGCGUAGUACUGCAAACGAGC